UGACAGUCUACCCCCUUCACAUCUCUCACCUUCAAAAUACUAACUAGGGGAAUCAUUAAAACCUCUGUGUCCCUCUUCCUCACCUUUAUUGUGACCUCAAUUGCCAUCUUUUUAGCAGAUUUCAAAAAUAGAAAUACUAAAACACUUAAAUCCUUUAUUGAUUUUCAUCUGUGAGGCUGCUUUAUAGCUUUAAACCAUCAACCUUUCCCACUAACCGUAGACAUUUCUCUCACAAGCAUUCAAAUGAUGAGGUUUUCCAGAUCAGAUGACGUUCACUUUUUAUUAAAAUCCAAAUCCCACUGACAGGUGAUGCAUCACUUGUCAUCACAACAAACACAGGAACAGUCAUCCAAUCCCAAUCAGCUGACUUCCUCCCACUGAAAACUUAACCAUGCCCUGCCCAAAGCUGAAGCAGUUGGCCUCCUUUAAUAGGUUUUUAUGCAUGUUACAAACUAAUUAGAGGUGUAGAAGUUCAGCUACGUGUGCGUCUAUUAAAGCAUUCAUUCACAGUUUCUAAUAAGCCGACAUAAAAAUCAAACUUCAGCUUGAGACACAUAAACAUUUUAAUAAGCAGGUUUUGGUCUCCCUCUUGUGGAGUAAAAAUGCAGACUAAUGCAAACUGCUUCCUUCUUGUUCCAGUCUCUCCUUUUCAAGCUUUCGGUUUGUGACACUGAAUGAAAACAAUGAUUUCUGGCUGAGAGGAAAAAGUAAAAGAUUUUAUUUCUGUUGAUUUGUUUCAAAUGAGUUAAAUGUAUCCCAAAAAAGCUUUUGAGCUGUUCAACCAUUGAAUUAAUCCAGUCAGGUGGGACAUUAGGACAUCAAAUAAUACAAUGCCACAGAUGACAAGAGGUAGACGAGAACAACCUAUUGGCAUGAUGGAUUCUGGCCACAUCAUCAGUGUUUGUUAUCUAGGAAAUCUGCUUUAUCCGGUAGCAUAUUCCUGUCCCCCAGAUAUCUGUCAGGAAUAGCUCGACAACUUUCCACAAACCAGCACUGACAGCCUCAUUAUUUCCAUGUGUUGCAUUUGUGCAACUCAUUCCUGACUUGUGACUUCUGACCUGUGACCCCAUUCUUGAUCUUCCCUUUAUCUUCCACAGAUUGUACUUAACUGUUUUACGGCAUCAGUUCGGUUGUGGAGAUGUCAUGUGUGGCAACAACAAACGCUUGUUCACCUUUGAUAUAAAGAAUGAAUAGAGUUUAAUACAAUGUUACAUGGUAUAUGUAUAUUUCUGUUUGUUUAUGCUUCUCUGAGUAAAAUAUCUGUGCUGCUCAUCAGUUCAGUUGAGGCUUGAAGGAUGAAAAGAAACAAUAAGAACCAAUAUAUAAUUGAGGUAACGUCACUUGUGGGUAAAUGUCUUUUUAUGUUCCAUUGAUUAGUAAAAAACACAGAAUCCUCUGCCUUAUUUAAUGCUUUGAAGGUUUAAUGAGGACAGUGGAAGAAACCUGAUCCUCAAUCUUCUUAAGAGGUGACUUUUUUUUAGAUUUAAAUGUUACCAGAUUGCUCCUUGGAUUGCUAUGUAAUUUUAAAUGUAUGUUUAUGUACAACCACAAAGCAAAAUUGUCAUGAAUGCAAAAUUUAAACAGCCAUGUAUGAGAAACAGCACAGUAAAUUGGAAAUAUAUUUUGUUUGCAUAGCAGCUUCUGAAAUUUGAAAAGAUUGCAUGCCACCACUUGAUUUUAAAACCCACAUUACCAAGAGAAUAGCUUCAACUUAUGUCUAGAUUUAGUGCUUGAUAAGUUGUUUAUGUCACAUAACUUAAGCUAAUUUUAAAGUAUUUUUUAUGAAACUGUCAUAAAAGUAUUGCGAUACUACAGCUGUAGUUACUUUUAAGAUUAAUAUUUUACCCAAUGGAUAAUAUAACAAGCUGGUAAAAUACAACACAGUUUAAGAUCAAACCAGUGGUUUGGAGACUGCAUGGCAGAGGUGUCAAACUCAUUUUAGUUCAGGGACUACAUACAGAUCCAAUUUGAUCUCAAGUGGGCCGGAAAAGUAAAAUCAUAGAAUAAUACCUUAGAAAUAACAAUUUCUUCAGUUUGUUUUAGCGCAAAAAAUAGAAAUAUUAUAGACAACUUAAAAUAUCUUAAGAAAAACAUGCAAAAUUUCAACAAUAUUAUGCUUCAGUUAAUCAUUUACACAUCAAAACUUACAGAUCACUGUAAAGAAACAAACAUUGAGUCACAUCUAUCUGGAACUGAACAAUCUCAAAACAACUUGUAAAUGUCUAGAAUUUUUUUAUACAAAUGUACAAGUUGAUGUCUUCCACAGGCCGGAUUGGACCUUGUGCAAGGUCGGUUUUGGCUUGCAGGCCGUAUGUUUGACACCCCUGGAUUCUGAUGUCUUGAAUUUUCCCUUUAAACAUCUCACAUAGUAUCAUGUCAAUAAAUGUUCCAAUGAUCCAAUAUAUCACCAAAAAUCAAAGACUAGAGAGAAAGCCCAAAAGCUGGAAAUAGAUUUGUGUAUCAGAACUUUUUCCCUUUCCCAUGCGUCAUCUCACCUCUCCCCAGAUUUAUCUGUAGUCCUUGGAUACAAAACUGGGUAUAAAGUUCAAACUAACGUCAUCUGCAGCAGCUACAACAGAAACAUAUUAUUGAGUUACUUUAUACUGUGCUGCAAAUGUUUGUUUUUUUUUGUCUUUUUUUAAUUUGCAUUAUUUUCUAGGCUGGAGGUGUUAUAGCCUAUAGAGGGUAUUUGUACAUAACAAUCAACUCUGUUCACACACUCUCUCUCUUUCAUUUGAAAGGCCAGCAGCUGACGCCUGUAUAGUUUCACGAGUGGAUAAUAAUGUUGCGUUCAGGGCCGGGGGGGGUUUCACGGUAAUUACUCCGCUUCAAUGGGUUUAACCAUGAGUCCCUAACCCGUGACGGUCAUGAGGGGUUUUCUGCCCCUCUCUGCUCUCCUCCAGACUGAGGCAACAUACUUGAGGAGUGAAAUAACACAGAGCUCUGCAGGCUCAGUCUCUUUUAGGACGGCUUUCCAACCAGAGGAACUCUUCUCUGCCGUCUAAAUAUCCACUUUGCUUGAUGAGGUGCAAUCGCACAGACGGGAUGCCUCGUGGAGACUUCAACAUUUAUUUUGCCAGUGGCAGAAGAGGAUUUGUCAGAGCUGAGGAGGCAGUGGGCAUAGCUCUGCUGGUGGUCAUCCUUGGAGCUCUCCUCAUCCUGGGCUGCUGGUACUUCAAGAAGAGGAGUGGCUACAGAAUAAUCAGGAGCCUCAGAUCGGGUUCACCAAGUUACACAGGAGGCCAGUACUCAGAGGCCGGACCUUCAGCAGAGAACAAGAUGGCUCUCACUGACUUUGGCAGCUUCCGAUCUGUGAUUCCCAAUGCUCCUCCAGCCUAUGAAAAGAUUUCCUCAGGACCACUGCCUCCUCCCUACUCCCCCUGAAGGACCUCUCCAGAAGAUGGACAGCCGUCUAAAAAAAAAAAAAAAAAAAAGGAAAAUAA